UAUAUAGAUAUAUAGACAGACAUUUUAUAUCUCACCCAUAAAUUGUAAACACUUGAUUUGCCAAAAUUCCGACCAAAACACCCAAGACAAGAUCAGCAGCCAAACGACGUAAUCAGGACAGUCAAUCCACGUCCCAGUCGCAUGCGCAAGUUGUCAUUCAACAGCAGCAGCAGCAACAACAACAACAGCAGCAGCCACAUCAACAAUUGGAAGGCAAACGAGAUUUGCCAUCGGCUGCCAAAAUGAACCGUUCGAGCAAUUCACAAACUACACAGCGACUGGUCAAUUUGGAUGACAUAUGGAAUGAACUGGAGGGGGGCAUAAGACAAAUAUUCGAGCAUGAAAAAUCGUUAACGUGCAUACAAUAUAUGCGCUUCUAUACGCAUGUCUAUGACUACUGCACAAGCGUCAGCGCCGCACCGAGCGGUCGGAGCAGUGGCAAGGCUGGCGGUGCUCAGUUGGUGGGCAAGAAAUUGUACGAUCGCUUGGAGAUCUUUUUAAAGGAUUAUUUGGAAGAUCUGCUGACCACCUUUAAGUCGAUUAGGGGCGAAGAGGUUCUACUAUCACGCUAUACACGACAAUGGAAAUCGUAUCAGUUUUCCAGCACCGUCCUGGAUGGUAUUUGCAACUAUCUCAAUCGUAAUUGGGUGAAGCGUGAAUGCGAGGAAGGACAGAAAGGCAUCUAUAAGAUCUAUCGCCUGGCUCUAGUUGCCUGGAAAGGUCAUCUCUUCCAGGAGCUCAACGAACCUGUGACCAAAGCGAUACUCAAAUCCAUUGAGGAGGAACGACAUGGCAAACUAAUCAAUCGUGCCCUCGUCCGUGAUGUCAUCGAAUGCUAUGUAGAGUUGAGUUUCAAUGAGGACGAUACCGAUCCCACCGUACGCAAGUUAGCAGUCUAUAAAGAUAACUUCGAAGAGAAGUUCAUAGCCGACACGUAUGCCUUCUAUGAGAAGGAAUCGGAUGCGUUCCUAUCGACCAACACGGUCACCGAAUACAUGAAACAUGUCGAGAAUCGUCUCGAUGAGGAGAAACAGCGUGUUCGUGGUCGUAACUCAAAGAAUGCUCUAUCCUACCUGCAUGAGACAACGUCAGAUAUAUUGAAAUCCACAUGUGAACAGGUUCUGAUUGAUAAACAUUUGAGAUUAUUCCACACUGAGUUCCAGAAUCUAUUGAAUGCCGACAGAAAUGAUGAUUUAAAGCGAAUGUAUUCUCUGGUCUCAUUGUCGCCGAAAAAUUUGGAGCAAUUGAAGAAAAUUCUGGAAGAUCAUAUAUUGCAACAGGGCACAGAAGCUAUUGAGAAAUGUUGUACGAGCGAUGCGGCCAAUGAUCCGAAAACUUAUGUACAAACCAUACUCGAUACACACAAAAAGUAUAAUGCACUCGUGCUAACGGCAUUUGAAAAUGACAAUGGAUUCGUUGCGUCUCUGGACAAAGCAUGUGGUAAAUUUAUUAACUCAAAUGUGGUGACAAGGCCAAAUAAUGCUGGCAAGUCUCCUGAAUUGUUGGCCAAGUAUUGCGAUCUAUUGCUCAAGAAGUCAUCGAAGAAUCCCGAGGAUAAGGAACUAGAGGAUAAUCUCAAUCAGGUGAUGGUCGUCUUCAAAUAUAUCGAGGAUAAGGAUGUCUUCCAGAAGUACUAUUCAAAUAUGUUGGCAAAACGUUUAGUCAGUCACACAUCGGCAUCGGAUGACGCUGAGGCAAUGAUGAUCUCCAAGCUGAAGCAGACAUGCGGUUAUGAAUAUACCGUAAAGCUGCAGCGUAUGUUCCAGGACAUUGGAUUGUCCAAGGAUUUGAAUUGCUAUUUCAAGGAGUACCUGAAGACACAAAAUAUAACAUCGGAAAUCGAUUUUGGCAUCGAGGUGCUAUCCACCAACGCCUGGCCCUUUACGCAAAAUAAUAACUUUCUAUUGCCCUCGGAAUUGGAGCGAUCGGUGCAACAGUUUACCAUAUUCUAUUCGGCACGGCAUUCGGGUCGCAAAUUGAAUUGGCUAUAUCAUAAAUGUAAGGGUGAAUUGAUAAUGAAUGUGAAUCGUAGCAAUUCGGUCUAUACCCUCCAAGUGAGCACGUUCCAAAUGUCGGUGCUGUUGCAAUUCAAUGAUCAGCUCAGCUUCACAGUGCAGCAGCUAUGCGACAAUACGCAAUCACAACUGGAGAACUUGAUACAGGUAUUGCAAAUACUGCUCAAGGCCAAAGUGUUGACCUCAGUUACCAGCGAAAAUGUUUUGACACCGGAUUCAUCUGUUGAAUUGUUUUUGGAUUAUAAGAGCAAGAAACGUCGUAUCAAUAUCAAUCAUCCAUUGAAGACUGAGUUGAAAGUGGAACAGGAGACUGUUACCAAACAUAUUGAAGAGGAUCGCAAACUUUUGAUUCAAGCGGCGAUCGUACGCAUUAUGAAAAUGCGCAAACGUCUCAAUCAUACAAAUCUAAUAUCCGAGGUCCUCAAUCAGCUAUCGACACGAUUUAAGCCGAAUGUGCCCGUUAUUAAGAAAUGUAUUGAUAUAUUGAUUGAGAAGGAGUAUCUGGAACGUAUGGAGGGACACAAAGACACCUAUAGCUAUCUAGCCUAAGUUCAUACAUAAAUUUAUAUCUAUA